GUCGAAAAUCUAUUUAACCGAGAAGCCACCAAGCCGAGAUUCCCAAAAACCCUAGCACAAAAAUAUCUCCUCCUCCUCCUCCUCCACCUCCUCCACCGCGACUAGGGUUUUAGCCGACACCUCUCGCCGUCGGCCUCCGCCGCUCUUCCGGCCUCCGUCCCUCUCUCUCUCUCUCUAUUCCUCUUCCUCCUCCGAUGGGCAAGUCCAGCAAGAAAUCAGCUGCCGCGGUUGCAGCUCCUGCUGCUGUUCCGGCGACGAAGUCCGGCAAGAAAGGUAAAAGAGAAGUGGAAGAAGCACCUGAGAAGCAGUUGAAUGCAAAGAAGCAGAAGAGCAAUGAAGGGAUAGAGCAGGCUAUUCAGAAGAAGAAAGCUGAAGCGAAAACGGUGGCAAAGAAGAAACAGGAUAGUAGUAGCUCGGAAUCAGAGUCUGAGUCCGAGGAAGAGGAGGCUGUUCAGAAGAAGCAGAAAAUUGAAAUAAAGAAGCCGCUUAAAAACGAAGAAACAAGUAGUUCAGAGGAUUCAGAGGAUUCAUGUUCAGAUUCGGAGGAAGAAAACAAUGAACCUGCUCCGAAGAAAAUAAUGUCUAAAAAUGGCACAGUUGCUAGCCUUGCCAAGAAGGAUUCCAGUAGUUCUGAUGAUUCGGAGUCAUCGGACGAUGAAUCCGAUGAGGAUGAAAAACCUGCUGUCAAGCCUGCACAGCAGAAGAAAGCUGCUUCAAAGGAAUCAUCAAGCGAUGAAUCAGACUCUGAUAGCUCUUCAGAUGAGGAAACUGAUAAACCUAAAGGAAAGGUCCAGGAAAAGCAGCCUAAGGUAGAGGCAAAGAAUGGUUCAGUCAAGAAGGAAGAAUCUACUGAGAGUUCCGAUGAGGAAAGCAGCAGCGAUUCAGAUGAGGAAGAUGAAGCUGCAAAAGCUACUUCUCAAAACAAAAGGCAUCAGCCAAUGCUUCUAAGCCGGCUCCCAAAAAGACGAGUCUAGCGAUGAAUCUGAAGAAAGUGAUUCUGAUUCUGAUGAGGAUGAAAGUGCUAAGAAACCAACUUCUGCAGUUCCUAAAAAGAAAGUAGAAUCAAGUGAUGAUUCGGAUAGUGAAUCAGAGGAAGAGGAAGUUGUUAAAAAACCAGCUAAGAGUGUAUCAAAAAAGGAAUCGAGUGAUAGCAGUUCUGAAGAUGACUCAGACAGUAGUUCGGAUGAUGAUGAUGGCCCACCUAAGAAGAACGCUUUGGACGUUUCUGCUAAGAGGCCACGUGCGGCAGCUCAAACAAAGCAGACCCAGCAGGCAAAGAUGGAUGUUGAUGAAAGCGACAGUGAGGAGGAUGAUAGUUCAGAGGAGACUGAUGAAGAGCCACAAAAUAAAAAGCCCAAGAUUUCUGCAAACAAGUCGAAGGGAAAGUUAGUAAAAAGAAAGCAGCAGUGAUGAAGAAACCUCUGACGAAUCCGAUGACAGCUCGGAUGAUGAGCCUAAGAAGACAUCAAAGAAGGAUGCUGAUACAGAAAUGGUAGAUGCUUCUCCUGCCCCAAAAGCUCCAAUGUCAGAG